AUGGGAAUCUCGUUCUUGGACGGUGACUCAAACAAACAACUCGGGCAUGGUAUAAGACAAAAAGUAAUCGAGAGUCAUGUAGAUGUUUACAUUCUUUACACCAAGGAUAUCUUCAGACAACUGCAAGCCAAUGUCUUGAGUGGAGUCGUUCAACUUAGCAAUACCGUUGAACUUCACUGGCAAUUGGAAUUUAAACAAUGGUUGCUGCAGCUGAGAGGAAAACCAAAGACUCGUUGUCUUGCUGCAGCAGAAGAAGCUCCUUUGAGAUUGAAUGUGGAGAUACAGGAUACGUGCAAUGCUGUUUUGUUUCUAUCUGAGAUCAUGCAAACUGAUUGGGCCCAAUAA